AUUACACAUUCCUCGAUCGGUAUUGUUUCGAGGCGAGUCACGCCAUUGGCGCGAAUUGCUCGAAUCGUGACUGCAACUUUGUCAGAGACUUAUCUGCAUACGUUAUAGAGUUUCGCUUGGUGCGACGAUCGUGAGUGAACUUUCCGUGAGCGGACACGUAAUUGAGCAAUUAUUACUUCCUGCACUACACAUUUAACAAUUUUUAUUUUGCACGAUCGGAAAACAAUUAUUUUCUUGCAUCACUUUCCUUUCCUUUCGUUUGAUCGAAAACGCGUAUUCGAUUCGUAUUGCUUCAAACUGUGACUUCCAUCUCUAAUAUUUCAAUUUAUCAGGUUGAAAAAUAAAAACUGGAUAAUAUCCCUUCAAAUUUUGUCUAAUUUCUUAAAUAUUGCUUAACAACCUCAUCACCAUUUUCCAUCAAUCAACCAUCUAUCGAUUCCAUCAAUAAUUAUCUACACUCGAGAAGAUUGUUUCAAGCAAGACAAACUUGAGAAGAGUACUCGUCGAUUCAAGAUUACGUCGAUUUAAACAUUUCGUUCCAAGAGACUGUUUCUCUACGCCACGAUUUAGAGAUAGAUCGCUAAGGUAAAUCGAUGCACGUAAUUUGGAGUAAUAGAGGCGCAAAGGACGGACAAGAAAUCCUUUCCGAUUCGAGGACGAUGAAGAGCGCGUGUGCGUGGUGGCCGGAGCUUGCGACCGAGCUAGCGAAUGCAACCAGUGUCAUGCAGUCGUUGCACCGUGUGCACGUGGGGAACGUUGUUCAUGCGAGGGGAGACACGGAAGCUCGUGGAGCACAGGGGCGUUAGAACGCUUUUAAAGGAGGGAGGAGUUCGAGUUUCGAGAUGAGGUACAAAUAUAUCGGUACGAUAGGCGCGUUCCUGAUCGCGACCACGUGCCUUUUGUCGGGGUUGAUGUAUUAUUUCAGCCAAGAUACUUGUCCAAUGGGAACGUUCCUUUGUCAGAACACCACCAUAUGUCUGCCCCAGAAAAAUUGGUGCAACCAAGAAAUCCAAUGUCCAUACGGAGAUGACGAGCAGAAUUGCUAUGAUUAUCACGGUGUAUUGGACUGGUUUGGCAGUGACAGAGAUUCCAAAGCUGUGAAGGAGUUCGUUUGUGAUGCCACCGACGUUCCUGUCGGUUGUAAGUACGUGAUGUGCCGUGCAACGUGUCAAGGAUAUUCGGAAAUUCCACGAAACUUAUCUUCUCAAACUACUUCCAUAACUUUGUACGAUAGCUCGAUUGAACAUGUCUCAGCGGGUGUUUUCGCGCAAUAUUCCGAGAUUCGUAUACUGUAUCUUGAUGACAGUAAUAUACGUGAGCUAGAGAAAGGAGCUUUCGCCAAUUUAACCAAAUUGUUCUGGCUAGCUUUGGAUAAUAACGAAAUUAGUGAAUUUCUCCCUGGACAUUUUACCGGUUUGACUAAAUUGGAAUCUUUGAAGGCCAAUAAGAAUCGACUCAUUGUGGCAGAUUUCUCAGACUUCAAAGGAAGCGUUUAUUUGAAACUUAUAAAUUUGAACGAAAAUCAAUUGACUUCGAAAGGAUUGCGGUUGUCGGAAUUGCCAACGCUUAGCGAGAUAUUCUUGGAUGAAAAUAAUUUCGAAUCGAUUCCUCUGUUCGCUGGAUGUCCCUCGUUAAAAUCCCUAAGUAUGCAAAGCAACAAGAUAAAGGGGAUCGAGGAGGACACGUUUCAAAAUUUGGAGCAGCUGGUCGAACUUAAUUUGGCGUUCAACGAAAUAACGACCCUCCCGCUCAAUGUAUUCCAACCGUUAAAAAAUCUGACGAGCCUACAAUUAGGUUAUAAUCAUUUACAUAAUUUACCGAUAACCGUUUUGAGCCCGUUGACGAGACUUCGCUCUCUAGACUUGGAGGGUAUAAAUUUGGAUUCGUUGGAGAAAAAUACGUUCGACGUGUUCAAGCUGUUGGACUUCGUAUACUUCAAGAAGUUUCAUUAUUGUGCGACGUAUACACCCAACGUGAAACGAUGUCGACCCACCAGCGAUGGCGUAUCGUCGUUAUCUCACUUGCUCGAUAAAACUUUGCUACGAGCAGCAGUAUGGAUAAUUUCUGGUGUCACCUGUGUGGGCAAUGUGCUUGUAUUAUGGGGAAGAUUCACGGCCAAAGACGAGAACCGUGUAUUAACUAUCAUUAUUCGGAAUUUAGCAGUCUCCGAUAUGUUGAUGGGAUUGUAUCUAUUCAUAGUCGCUCUUGCGGACAUAAUAUUCCGCGAUAAUUACUACCAAACUGCCAGCAUGUGGAUGUCCUCCUGGUUUUGCACAUUCUUAGGAAUUUUGGCAAUGACGUCUUUAGAGGUUUCUGUAUUGAUCCUGUCGUUCAUGUCUAUGGAACGAUACGUGCUAAUCGCGGCACCACUGAAAGGUCACCGUAUCAUGACACCCCAGACAGCAUCUACAUCGGUGAUCAUCAUUUGGAUCAUAGGAAUUACACUCGCCCUCGCGCCAGUGAUCAUCUGGCGAAGUAGCACGAGAUUUUACGGAGUGAACGGAAUGUGCUUCCCUCUUCACAUCGACGAUCCAUUCCUAAUCGGAUGGGAAUAUUCGGCCUUCAUCUUUCUAGGAAUAAAUCUUAUGGGGCUGAUCACGAUCGGUUUCGCUUAUUUCGGUAUGUUCCUGAGCAUUUGGAAAACGAGACACGCCUGUUCCUUGUCUGUCGGCGAUUCUGAAUUCGCCUUGCGAUUUUUUCUCAUCGUUUUAACGGAUGCAGCCUGCUGGGCACCGAUCAUCGUUCUGAAGAUUAGAGCUUUGUUGAAGUAUCCCAUUCCAGCCGAUCUUCACGCAUGGGUGAUAAUUUUUAUAUUACCCGUGAAUAGUGCGGUUAACCCGUUGUUAUACACGUUCACCACUCCGAAGUUUCGGGAGAAAUUGCACGACGAAUGGUUUAGAAAAGUGCAUAAUUGCGUGACACGAAAAUCCUCCCAAGAUUCGCGGAUAUCCACGACGAUAAACAAGAAGAAUAUAACGUCGUGUUUGAACAAUGGAAUUAAUAAUUACGACGAUAAAAUUCCAUCGUUGUUUCAAUUUAAUAAGGAGAAAAUUGUGUGUGUGAAAUGCGAUCACGUUCUAUGAACUUGCAUUAUAUUACGAUUCAUUCGAUAAUUGCUCGAGAAAGACACUUACUUUCUUGAAAAAUUGAUAUAAAAAUUAAUCAAUGCUUGCAAGCCAUCGAUUCAACAAAUUAACGCUUGAUAAUAAUAAUUUUAUAAAGAAUUAUACACUAUCGUUGAAUAUUCAAUGGAAAGGAAAAAAAACUCUUUCUCUGUAUAAAUGCUGUUGCAUAUAAAAUAAAACAUGG